AUGGCUGACCAGAAAUACACCCUCCCCCCUCUCCCCUACGCCUACGAUGCCCUCGAACCCAUAAUCUCCUCCCAAAUAAUGACCCUGCACCACCAAAAACACCACCAAACCUACAUCACAAACCUCAACGCAGCCCUAGCCUCUCAAUCCACCGCACAGUCCUCAAACAACAUCUCCGCCCAAAUCGGCUUGCAGCAGAAAAUCAAAUUCAACGGCGGCGGCCACAUCAACCACUCCCUUUUCUGGGAGAAUUUGGCACCCUACGACUCGGCGGAGACGGAUAUUGGGAAGAAUGCACCGGCCCUCAAGGCGGCGCUUGAGGCGCAGUUUGGGUCUGUGGACGCGUUUGUGAAGGCGUUUAAUGCGACGUUGUUGGGGAUUCAGGGGUCUGGGUGGGGGUGGCUUGUUGCUGAUGGGCCUGGCGGGAAAGGGAAGUUGGAGAUUGUGACGACCAAGGACCAGGAUCCGGUUACUGGGGCGGUGCCGGUGUUUGGGGUUGAUAUGUGGGAGCAUGCGUACUACUUGCAGUACUUGAAUAACAAGGCUGGGUAUGUGGAGGGGGUGUGGAAGGUGAUCAACUGGAAGACUGCCGAGGAGAGGUAUAAGAAUGGGGUGGAGGGCAAUGUUGCUGGGCUUAAGCUGUGA